AACACUAUCAUGACGUAAAUGUUAUUCUAACGAGGUUAUGUAUAAUUUACCAAAACAACAAUAUUAAAUAAACAUAUUAAAUGUCAAAUGAUUACCAGUGAUAACAAGUUGACUCAUCUCACAUAUGGAAAUACCCAACAAAGUGUCAAAUAGACUCAUCUCAAACUAUCAAAACUGUGAUAAAUAAUGAACAAAUUUAUAUAUGUGUGUAUUAAAAAAACAUGAUAACAAAACAAUCUCUCAAUUAAAAUUAUUUUUUAUUUAUAAAUUAAAUUAUACUGACAAUUAAAAUAACUUUUUAAUAAAUUUUUUUAUAUUAAUGAUUUUUUAUUCUUUCAAAAGAAUGAGUAUCCUAAAAAAGAGAUUAGUUAAUUUUGAUGAGGUACUCAAUGAGGAUAAUAUUGACCUCACAAAUCUCAGACGAAUUUGUUUUCAUGGAAUUCCUGAUGAGGGUGGUUUACGAUCAUUGUGCUGGAAAUUAUUAUUAAAUUAUCUGCCUCUUAACAGAUCAAAUUGGAACGAAACAUUGAAAAGAAAAAGAGAUUUAUACAAUAGAUUUAUUGAUGAUUUAAUUGUGAUGCCAGGUGAAAAUUCAAUUGAUGGUGAAAGAGUUGAUGUUACAAAAGAUGAUCAUCCAUUGAGUUCAAGUCCUGGUAGUAAAUGGCAGACAUUUUUUAAAGACAAUGAAGUUCUUUUGCAAAUUGACAAAGACGUCAGACGACUAUGCCCAGACAUAUCAUUCUUUCAACAAGGAACUGAUUAUCCUUGUGAAGCAAUUGUCAGUGAAAAUGGUCCAAAACGUUUACACUGCAGAGUUCAACAUACAGUUUUAAGAAGUGCAAAUGUUGAAAGAAAAGGCUUGGGUAUAACAAAGAUUGCUGUUUCAGUUAGAAAAGCAACUGAAGAUUAUGCACCACUUGAUGAGGGUGGUGAGGCACACUGGGAAGUACUUGAAAGAAUAUUAUUUCUUUAUGCAAAAUUAAAUCCAGGCCAAGGCUAUGUACAAGGAAUGAAUGAAAUUGUUGGACCAAUUUAUCAUGCAUUUGCUUGUGAUCCAGAUGUUAAAUGGCGAGAAAAUGCUGAGGCAGAUACAUUUUUUUGCUUUACAAAUCUCAUGGCUGAGAUACGUGAUUUUUUUAUAAAAUCACUUGAUGAAGCUGAAUUUGGUAUCAAUGCAAUGAUGAUUAAACUCAAUCAACAAGUUAAAUUAAAUGAUCAUGAUGUUUGGACUAAAUUACAGCAACAAGAUUUGUGUCCACAGUACUACAGUUUUAGAUGGUUGACUUUACUCUUAUCUCAAGAAUUUCCGCUUCCUGAUGUCAUGAGAAUUUGGGAUUCACUAUUUGCUGAUGAAAAACGUUUUAGUUUUUUAACUCAUAUUUGUUGUGCUAUGAUACUAUUGUUGAAGAAUCAAUUAUUAAAUAAUGAUUUUGCCUCUAAUGUCAAACUGUUACAGAACUUUCCAUCCAUGGACAUUCAAAUUGUCCUCUCAAAAGCUGCCACAUUAGCCGGGAAAACACUCGAUACACCAUAAAUAAAAUUAGACAAUCCAGUUAAAAUAAAAAAAAUUAAUAAUUCAUUUAGAUUAUUAAUUAAUACAUAUAUAUUCGAGAAAUAUCAUGGUCGGUAUUUGCUAAUUUUGUUAAGUAUAAAUUAUUUACAAUCAUUACUUUUCUUUUUAUAAAAAAUUUUACCAUUUAUAAAACGUUAAAAAUUCGUGAUAUACAAUAUCAAUUAUUAAACAAUACUUAAUAUUAUGAUAUAUAAAAAAUAAAACACCAAUUUUUUGGUUUAAAAAAAUUCAAUUUUACAGAGUCCAAUGUGUCUUCCUGGCAUUUUUAUACUCAAAAUAAUUAUAAUGAUGAAAAAAAAAUUUAGACUGAUGAUAAUUUGAUGAUUUAUAUGACAAUAUUUUCAGCAAUCAUAAUAAACCAGAUUAUUUUUGUAACGCAUUAGCGUUUAUAUGGACUCUUUAUAAAAUAAAAUGUUGAAAAAAAAAAAAAAAUAUUUGAUAUUAUAAAUAACAAUAACAAUAGCUGUUUAUAAUAUUUUUUAAAAAAACCAUUGAUUGAUUUUUAUUUUUAACAAAUAAGAUUUGUUAAAAUAAAUAAAUAAAAUUCAUUGUGAUGAUAUAAAAUACGAGAUAAAUAUGAUUAUAAGUUUGGAGAUUUUGUUGGGACAACAAUGUGAAAUUUGUGAUGUAAGCACACCGGAUGAAAUCGCAAGUAUUAUAUUAAAUCCAUAAAGCUUGAGAUAAAAUAAGACUAUAUAUAAUGCUAAAAAAAAUGAGUUAAAUAAAGUAGACUCUUCUUGGAUCCACUCCCUUGUGAAUUAAACAGGUAAAAAAAUAAAUAAAAUUGAAUUUCGAA